AUUGUUUUCCUCAGGAUGCACGAGCAUUACACCUGUGCUGGUUUGCGCGCGUGCAAAGUCUGCGCGUCGCGGAAAAAAAAGAAAAGUUCCACGGUGACGCGCACCGAGAGUUGCGGCGCGUGUGCGUCUCUCUACUUGUGUCCUGAAGGGCAAAUAAGAGAACCGACCUUAUUAAGGGAGCACUUACCUCAUUCCCGUUUCAUAUAAAUAUUCUAGUGUGCAUAUUACAGUUACGUCAUAGCUCAUGCGUGUGUCGUGCGUAAUAGAAAUAUAAGGGUCUUGUGUUUGUCAACGCAAACGUCAUCGUGGGGUUUUGGUGGGCAUGAUUUCACUGGUGACCUACAGUAUCACGGGAUGCGCCGCACAAAGCGAGUCUAACAUGCCAGACGGGAGAGACAGGGACCAUCAGGACGCACGCAACAUCGUUUAUUGAGGAUAUAUAUAUGAGAAUAUAACCGGAUAUGUUUUAUCUGGAUCAUAAGGACGUAUUGUAACUGGAUUCCUGGAAUUUUAAUGGAAACGAGCCGGUGUAAAUAAAAUGCGAAACAUCCCGGCGCACGCAAACUAUUCUGUACAUGAACAGAUUUAUUAGGAUUUAUUUUAAACACUCACAAUGAAUGCGACCUUAUUUGAGACGGGAUAUCGUGCACGAGGCUGAUCUUAAUACUUAAUGAGCCUGUUGUUCGUCUUCGUUUGCCUCUAAAACUUCAUUUAUUUAAUUUGGUCCUGGGUUUUGAACGUUCUCGUGAACCAUGACACGGACGACGAUUGCGCUGUUUUUUGAGAACCUGCUCAGUAAAUUGUCGCUGUUUGCGUGUCUGGAUUCGGCAGAUGUGAAACUUGGGAAUAAUCAUUCAUAGAGAAAUAGCGACUGGACGUUGGACCGGUUAUAUCAUUUUCGCAACUAUUUCUGACUUUUCGUGGUGAACUCAAACAAUGGGGAUCAACCUGCGAGUUAUUCUGGGAAUGUUUCAGUUCGUCUCACUUGCUAGAAUACCUACACACUGUGCCAAGACCCCGUCAGACCACUGGAAGCCGACAGAAGACCACAGAUCUGGCGAAGUGGUGAGGUGGUUGGAUGUCUAUCAGAAAAGCGCCUGUCAUCCCAGAGAGACGCUGGUGGAGGUUUGGCAGGAGUUUCCGUGGGAGACGCAUCACCUUUUCUUGCCGUCGUGUGUAACAUUGCGCCGCUGUGGAGGCUGUUGCUCCGAUGAAGCGCUGGAGUGUGUGCCGUCAAAGACACACACACUCGUUAUGGAGCUCAUGAGGACCUCGUAUAUGAAGCAUGAACUGGUGGAGCUGCCCUUUACAGAACACAACCAGUGUGAAUGCAGGCUUAAAGAACAUUUUUAUGCAGCACCAACCAGGCAAGGCCCACAGACCACUAGACGUGGCAGAAAGCAUCAAAAAGGAAAACCAAAGCGAAAGAAACACAUGGAAAUUAUGCUGACGACACCUGUGCCAACUACACCCCCUCCUCCUCCUCCGCCCCCCACCCUUCCGCCUAGCUCCGCCCCUCCACCACCUGGAAGAGAGGCGUGUCCGCCGUGCCCCUCACGCAGGAUGACAUCACAUCCUCCUACAUGCGAGUGCAGUUGCAGCUUGAGGGAGGUGAGCUGCAAAAAGAGAGGAAAGACACUGAACCUUCACAGCUGCCGAUGUGAGACCCAAAGUGAAUAAUGAAAUCAAACCUCCCUCAUAAUCCAUCUUUUAAACAUUGCACAGCUUUGAGGAGGUCAAAAGUUCGCUUAUUCUUUUAUCACCGAGUCUAAAGUUUGGGUCUUGCCCAGAAUAAGGGUUUGCGUUCCGGAAUGUACCACAAACCCUCCCCCGUGCGCUCCCCCGGGUCCAACACACAAUUGCGGCAGUAUUUGAUGCGUAUACACAACUCCCAGUACAUCCAUAUCUGUUCUGAGGGAUCGUUUUUUUUCCACAACAGCCAAUACAAAUGUUUUAUUCUGCUACAUUUUGAUGAUACUUCAAAACCCAUUGAGACUGUGUGAUGGGCUGAUGAUCGCUGUGCGUGCACAGUGGGUGAAGCUUAUCGCCGGAUAAGAGGGAUGUUUAGCACUGAGGAGGUGGACUUUGGGGUUUCUUGUGAGCUUUAUCCAAAACCUUUCAGCUUCGAGAUGGACCAUCCUCGAACUGGGAAUUGUGGAUUUUUUUCAGCCUCCUGGGAUGGACCUAGACUGAGAAUGAAUGGACGCAGGCACGGACGGCCAGCUAGUGUGAUGCUAAUAGGGAUGAGCACUCUGAGAACCUCCAAAGAAAAACGGACGUUUCUAACCCAACUACUUAAUGUGGAGAGUUUUUGAGAGGAUGGAUGUUGACAAACCUUUAACGUUAAGAGAUCUCAAGUGUCUCGCCACACAAACCGAGUGUCUCAUCAUUAAAACGUUCCUGAAGUCUCAUCCGACUGGACGGAUGGGCGAUAAAACGGAUGGACGGGUGUCUGUGUGGUCUCCGUAGUGAAUAAUGAGGAUUUGUGCGUCUAUCCUAAUUUAUUCCUGGCCACUAUAAGUCCAUAAUGUGGCUUCACAGACUGUAUCAAUGAGUCUUUUUGUGUUUGUUUGAUUUGCUUUUUGUUCAGCUCCUUCCUUUCGGGAUUUGAAAGCUUUUCCCACUGACUGCCAGUGAGCGGAAUGCCAAUCGUAUAGAAAUCUGGCGAUAUUCCAUUGAUGCUCACACACACAUUUUUCUCUCUCUCUCUCUCUCUCUCUCUCUCUCCCACACCCUCAGUCACACCCUUUCUCUUUAUCCCCUUCACUUUAUUUGUCUUUUUUCCACCCUGCCUUUCUCUCUCUCCACACACACACACACACGCGCGCAAACACACACACACACCCGCAAACACACACACAAAGGCAAACAGGUAAAUAUAAGCUUUUCUGUGUCGAUACUGAAAGAAGAAUUUAUUUUAUCUAUUUCAUUCAAUUGUUUUGUAAAGAAUACUAAUGUUAUCGUAGUCCACUUAAAGAAUGUUUCUUUGCUUAUCUCUGCUAAUCUCACCUAUAAAAUAAGGCUGGGUAGAAAAGGGAAAUACUCAUUCUGCGUGCGUUAUGGUGGUCGUAACCAUCUGACGGUUUUGGGAGUAUGACAUAUUUAUUUUUUUAUAUGGAAUUGCAUUUUAUAUUAUGCUUUGCGAUGUUUCUUUGUCGUCUUUCAGAAGCAUUAUUCUGCUAUAGCUGCGAUCAUUUGAGAUACAUUAGUAUUUCGGCUGGAUUUCUUCAGAUUCGUACAGCUAGGAUGUAGCUUUCAGUCAACAUUGAGGAUGGUGAGGUUCAAUGGACCAGCUGGAGCCUACAAAGGUGAAUGAAUUGCUUUGAAUUUAACCAAACACACUUUCCACCUUAUGUGUAGCAUUAUUGACUGAAAUAUGAGGAUAUACACACUUUAAGUGACUAUAAGAGAUUUUUAGACUAUGUGUUGAAUACUUUCAUGCAAUAAUGAAUAAUGUAAACUAUCAAGAUCACUAGCACUAGGAAUUUCAUCUGGUUUGUUAGUCAACAAGUAACAGAUUUGGCAAUGUGACAUAUUGUUGAAUGAAACCGGAAAUUAUUUUAUUCAUUAGGAUUGGAUGGUGAAAAGCAGAUGUUUCAUAUCAGAGCAGAGCUACAUUUGCGUUUCCCGUAGUCAGAUUCAAGGUUAAAGAGAUCAUUUACUCAUCCUCAUGUCAUUUCAAACCUGCAGAUCACAAUGGAAGACAUUUUUAAGAACAUUGGUAACUUUGGACUUAACAUGUGUGGACACAAAAGCACUGAGACAUUUCUCAAAAUAUCUUCUCCAUAUACAGAUUUUGAAGGACUUGAGGGUGAAUAAAUAAUGACAAAAAUGUUAUUUUUGAGUAAACAGCUAGAAGAGGUGAUUUCAUCAGAAAAGAGAAGUUGUUUGACGGUAGAGUUGUUUCCAUUUGAUGAAAGAUCAGGAAAUGUGUGUUCAGAAAGCUAAUAGGGUCAAUUUAAUUUCAUUGUGAUGUCAAAGUUUUAGUUUUUUUUGUAGUUUGGUCAAUGUUCAGUGUCCUUAUAUAUGAUGACAGGCUUUUAUCGCUGCUGUAAAAUGUUCUGUGUGAAAUAUCCUGCGCUAUAAACGUAGCAUUCUCUCAACAGUAACAUGUAUCAACUACCUCUGUGUCGGUGUACAGUUCAUGUAAUGAAAACUAUCACGGAAAAUAUACACAAAACCCAUAUGAUAUGAAUGUACCUGCAAAACGUCAGUGUUUCCGGCCUCUUCUCUGUAAAACCAUUCCUGAAUCCUGUCGCGUUGUUUGGAUAAUUUGUGUGUUCUUAUGUAUCUGUCAUAUGUAUCCAGAUAUAACAACAGAGUUCAUCAGAAACCAAUAUAUACCACAGUCUAUACACAAUAUUAUAAGCUUUGAGUGUUUGAACAUUAUUAAUGGUUAUUGCUGCUAUACCAUCUGUGCCCAAUUCUCCCACUUGUGAACGUGUGUAAAAUAUUUGUUACAGAGAGACAUAACCAUUCCUGCUUUAUGUCUUCAGUGUGUGUAAAUGCAAACCUAGAUCUGAUCACACCCAUAUAGUAUAAAAACACAACAGCCAUAAAGCAAUGUGCUAUAUAUUAAUAUAAAUAAAGUGAAAUGAGUUAUUUUUGAGAAA